CGAACAGUUUUUCUAUGUUUCUUGCAGAUCACGACCAUAACUACAAUCAUCAGAGAUCCAGCAGCAGCAGAAGAGAUCAACACUAUCAGAGACACUGGAGAGUGUGUGUCCGCUGUAAUGAUACAGAAAGAAUGAGUCCCGGGAUCAGGGCAGGGCUCAAACAAGCCUAACCACCCAUCUCUACAAACAGAGCGUUGGAAUCAUCACAUCAGGCUAGGCUAGUUUCAGUUUCAAUGGUGAAACAGCACUUUUUCCAUCACCGAAUCUGCUGUCAGUUCAGGCAAACAUUGUGGAAAUCUUGAUUGUCUCAAAUAUGCGCUGGUUUCGCAUUUAUUUACUUCUGUGCGGUGUUUUAUGUGGUGCAGCAUAUAGAGAGCCAGUGUCCGUGAUGGAGGGAGAUUCAGUCACUCUAAAAUAUCAUACAGAAAGAAAAAAACAUGGAGAAAUGAUAUGGUAUUUUAAGAACAUUAGCAUCGCUGAAAUCACUGGAGAUCAGAGCAAGAUCUGUACAGAUGUUCAGUGUAAAGAGAGAUUCAGAGACAGACUGAAGCUGGAUCAUCAGACUGGAUCUCUGACCAUCAUGAACACCAGAACCACAGACUCUGGACUUUAUGAUGUAUGGAUCUCCAGCAGAAUUCAUGGCACUGGAGAACCCUACUCUAUUGUUGUUCGUGGUUUGUCUGGUGUAGAUAAAGAUGCAGUGCCACUGAUGGAGGGAGAUUCAGUCACUCUAUACACUGGUGUUCAAGCAAACCAACAAGAGAAGAUUAAAUGGUAUUUCAAUAACAUUCGUAUAGCUCAAAUCACUGUAGAUCACAGUUUUACCUGUACAGAUGUUCAGUGUAAUGAAGGCACUGAGAGAUUCAGAGACAGACUGAAGCUGGAUCCUCAGACUGGAUCUCUGACCAUCACAAACACCAGAUCCACAGACUCUGGACUCUAUCAACUACAGAUCAUCAACAGCAGAAGCACCAUCAAGAAGAGGUUCAUUGCUACUGUCGCAAAUGUGUCUGGUGUUGAUACAGAUGAAGUGUCAGUGUCUGUUAUGGAGGGAGAUUCAGUCACUCUAAACACUAACGUUCAAUCAAACCAACAAAAAAAUAUUAUAUGGUAUUUUAAUGAAAUGCGCAUCACUCAAAUCAGUGGAGGUCUCCGUAAUAUCUGUACUGUUGAUCAGUGUAAAGAGAGAUUCAGAGACAGACUGAAGCUGGAUCAUCAGACUGGAUCUCUGACCAUCAUGAACAUCACAAACACACACUCUGGACUCUAUAAACUAGCCAUCAUCAACAGCAGGACCACCAUCAUGAAGAAAUUCCAAAUUUCUGUUCGUGAUGUUCUUGCUUCAGAACGAGAUAAAAUGAAGAGGAAGUCAGUGAAGGAGGGAGAGUCUGUCACUUUAGAUCCUGGUGAAAUACAAAAAACAAAUAAUUCGAUUAUGUGGUAUUUUAAUGAAACUCUCAUCGCUGAAAACACUGGAGAUCAGAGUCAGAUCUGUACAGAUGAUCAGUGUAAAGAGAGAUUCAGAGACAGACUGAAGCUGGUUCAUCAGACUGGAUCUCUGACCAUCACAAACACCACAAACACACACUCUGGAGAAUAUACACUACAGAUCAGCAACAUCAGAUUCAGCAUCAUGAAGAACUUCAGUGUUACUGUCACUGCUGUUGUAGCAGGGACACAUGCUGUCGCUGUCCCCGUCGCUGUUGUUCUUAGUGUUCUGCUGCUUGCUGCUGCUGCUGCUGCUGCUGCUGCUGCUGUGAUUUACAGACGCAACAGUAUGGAUCCCCCUUCUGAGAAAUGACUUGAAGAUUGAUGGCAAUUCCUCUUAUCCGUCUGUGACCGAGGCUGUCAUUGAGACACCACGUAGAGACCAUAGUAAUCAACAUUCUGAUCUACUCAUUUCUUCUUCUUCUUCUUCUUCUUCUUCUUCUUCUUCUUCUUCUUCUUCUCCCUAACUCUCCUACUUUUCUAUAUGAACUUAUGAGAUUCAACAUAUUACCAUCAAAACUUUAAUAUAAUCCCUAUGUUGUUCAAUUGACUGAAUGUUCAAAAGUCUCAUUUAAACUGCCAGAAACCCUUUAGACUCAAUUAAGCUGCCGUUCUGUGUAAUAUUAUAAGCCAUAAAUUAAAUUUAAGCUUCCGUUGUAUCUAAUAUUUUCUACCCAAAAUUCUAGAUCGCUCAUAGAACUAUACUAAACUAAAACUUAAAACUAUUUAAAACAUAUAACCUUUAAACUGAAAACCUUAAAACUUCUUAUAAUGUCCCUGCUAUGCUUUCUCAAGCCAUCAUCAAAGUUGGUCUACAAACUUUUAUUUAUUUUAUUAUUUAGAUAGUGCCACAAUACCAAGAUUACACUAUUAGGCACAAUACUGAAAUAUCACCCUCAACAGCAUCUCAACUAAUUCAAAUUCAAACUAAUUUACUCUAAUUCAGUUAAGUCAUUUAAAAAAUACAUUAAAAAUGUAAUCAAACUAUAUAUCUUAUUUUUUUAUUUAUUAUUAUGUAAACGUUGCUUGAGAAAUACAAACUGUUAAUUAGCUAUAAAAUAAGAAACAAAGAAAUGUGUUGGCAGCAAUACAUUAGAGUGCUUUGAUUUUCAUUAUAUGAAGAGUUCAGAUGCAAAAGCCUCUA